AUGGUGGGGUGGAUUGGCUGGACGUUUUCCUUCGUCUUCCAGACAAUUCCAAGUAUCCUAUACUGGAUUAUAACAUUCGCUACAAUAACACUGCCCACAUGGCUUUUCACACUCUUUUCUAUGAGCCUGACGUUCACGAUGAACUUCACGACAUUACUCUUAAUCGUCCUGGCUGUGGUCUCGACCAUCAGCUGGUUUAUCCGCUACCGAUUCAUGAAUAUGUACAGCCGCCUUCCUCCCGAGCCGCAACGCAAGGAACCUCAAUUAGACUUGUUUCCAGAUAUACAAGAAGGCGAUUCGAAACCAGGCCUGGCCAAUUACUUGGACGAGUUUCUCAGCGCGAUCAAAGUUUUUGGAUACCUGGAAAGACCCGUAUUUCACGAGUUGACACGGACAAUGCAAACGAGGAAGCUAAUCGCGGGCGAGACGCUUCAACUUGAGGAGGAAAAAGGGUUCUGUCUCGUUGUGGACGGUCUGGUACAGAUUUUCGUGAAGUCAAUGCGGGAUGGCAAGAGCAGUUGGAAUGGAGACGCUGUUGAGGAUUCAUCUGACGAGGACUAUAACCCCCAAGAUGGGAAACAGGGCUACCAGCUGCUUACAGAGGUCAAGAAUGGUGCCUCUAUGUCCUCCCUGUUCUCCAUCCUAUCCCUUUUCACCGAGGAUAUCAACUUGCGAAAUAGCGAAGGCUCAUACUUUGAUACGCCAAGUGUUCAGCCAAGCCCCGCUCGAGUGGCCGAGUCAUUUCCCGGUAGCCCCGGCGCUGUUCUGACCGGGACCCCUCCUGGCGCUGCUCGCGAAAAUGGUGAUGAUGGCUCUAACACCAACGGUAAUGGGGAGUUUCUUCCAUCAGUUCCACCAUUGAACCUCGGGGAGAGCAGCGUACCUUCGCAGACAGGCGACAGCCGUAUCAUGGCUGCCAAACGGUUACAAGGUAGCCGAAGGAAAUCGGUCCAUCCGGACAUUGUGGCUCGAGCGACAGUAGACACCACAAUUGCGAUCAUUCCAGCCAGCGCCUUUCGCCGUCUUACGAGACUUUAUCCCAGAGCUACCGCCCACAUUGUGCAAGUUAUCCUCACACGGCUACAGAGAGUGACGUUUGCAACAGCACACUCCUAUCUAGGCCUGACAAACGAUGUAUUAGGCAUUGAGAAACAGAUGACCAAAUUCACCACAUAUGACCUACCAAACGAUAUCCGCGGCGCCGCCCUAGAUCGUCUCAAGGACAAAUUCUUGAAAGAGAGGAACAGGCUAGGCUCCGAAGAAAUCAUGAGGGGAAUCGCACUGCAUAAUCCUUAUGCUGGUAGAAGACGUCGAUCGAGCAGCUUCCUCAGGAAGGAGGCCGCCCUCCACGCAAAGAUGGCGAUGACGCAGCCGCCCAUUUCACUUGGAGGCCGAGAAAAAUCUCCAGGUGAGCGCGAUUCGGCUGGAGUCAGCCCAGGAGACCUUCUCUCUACUAUCCAGCUCUCUCGGUUCGGCCCUAAGCAUGAACAAUUCGCUUCUAUCCCUCGGCUCCAUUCGCCCCUCACUGAGAAAGAACGUUCUCCGAUGCGCAGGGCAUCUCUCCAGCGGAAAGACUCAGUUGACGAAGACAGCAUAUUCCGCGAGUCCAUAUUGGACUGCAUAAUGAACGGUAUCGGUCUGACCGCCAGUUCUCACGAUGAGAUCCGCAAAGGCAGGAAUGGCUCUGGUGAAUUGUCCCCAAAAUUGGUUUCUUACGAUUCGCGUCGCCAAAAAGCUGUUUUCUCCAACAACGCUUUCGGCUUCAUUGAUCCCUACGAAGGUUCCGGAGAUGGGGAAACGGAGUCUAUGAUGUCCAUGUCGGUCACAAGCGCCGGCGGCACGGCGCCUAUCGUUAACUUGAGGGAAGAUCUUCGUAAUGAUAUUGAGAUCGUCUACUUCCCCAAGGGUUCAGUUCUUGUGGAGCAGGGAGAACGCCAUCCGGGAUUGUAUUAUGUGAUAGAUGGCUUCCUGGAUGUUGGGGUUCCUAUUAACGACAAGGCUGAAGAUCUCGUUGGGACGUCAAGGCCCGUCCACUUGCAGUCCCAGGAUGAGUCGUUCCCGACUCUAAAACGCACCCAGACGGCUACCUCUCGCCCUGCGACCCUUGGAGCUUCUGCUGGCGACCCGAAGCGCAAAAGGCAAUCUCGAAAAUCUCUUUACCUGAUCAAACCAGGUGGAAUCCAGGGUUAUGUGGGUGCGAUGGCCUCAUAUCGUUCGUAUACCGACGUUGUCGCGAAGACAGAUGUCUAUGUGGGAUUUUUACCCCGAGCAUCUCUGGAAAGGCUGGCAGAACGAUACCCUAUAGCAUUAUUGACACUAGCGAAGCGACUGACCAGUCUACUACCGCGCUUGCUCCUCCACAUUGAUUUUGCUUUGGAGUGGGUGCAAGUGAGUGCUGGCCAAGUCGUUUACCACCAGGGUGAUGAAAGCGAUGCGAUAUACAUAGUUCUAAAUGGACGUCUGCGCUCCGUUCUCGAAAGCGCUGGAGGAAAAAUGACAGUUGUUGGCGAGCAUGGGCAAGGGGAGAGCGUUGGCGAGUUGGAGGUUAUGACUGAGUCUACUCGGCCCGCCACAUUGCACGCAAUACGUGAUACCGAAUUGGCCAAAUUCCCCAGGUCCCUCUUCAACAGUCUUGCCCAAGAGCAUACUGGGAUUACAAUCCAGGUAUCAAAACUCAUCGCGCAAAGGAUGCGGGAUUUGGUGGAGAACCCUAUGCCUGAGCAAGGGGCUGAGCCUGGUAAUACCAGCAGUGUCAAAACCGCAACGUCUACCCUUAACCUCCGCACCGUCGGUAUUCUUCCAGUAACUGCAGGAGUCCCAGUCGUCGAAUUCGGCCACCGGCUUUUGCAUGCUCUUCAGCAGCUUGGAGUUACCGACGGAGUGACGUCUCUAAACCAGGCGGCUAUUUUGAAUCAUCUGGGGCGGCACGCUUUCAGCAGAAUGGGAAAGCUCAAACUUUCUCAGUAUCUCGCCGACUUGGAGGAGAAAUACGGAAUGGUCUUGUACAUUGCCGACACAAAUGUGAAUUCGCCCUGGACCCAAACAUGCAUUUCGCAGGCCGAUUGCAUACUUCUGGUGGGCCUUGCAGAAUCAUCGCCCAGCGUCGGAGAGUACGAACGGUUCUUACUCGGCAUGAAAUCUACUGCAAGGAAAGAGCUCGUGCUGUUGCAUGCGGACCGAUAUUGCGCUCCUGGACUCAGCCGCAAGUGGUUGAAGAAUCGCGUUUGGAUUAAUGGAGGUCACCAUCAUAUCCAAAUGGGUUUCCGACUUACUGCUGAGCCAUCACAUCCUCAAGCAAAACGGCUUGGCACAGUAUUGAAGCAAAGAGUUCAAAUCCUUCAGGCCGAGAUCCAGAAGUACACGUCUCGCAGAAUCCAGCAGACACCACUCUACUCUUCGCAGACACCGUUCAAGGGUGAUUUUCACCGUCUGGCACGUCGAUUGUGCGGCAGGGCAGUCGGCCUCGUACUCGGCGGUGGUGGAGCUAGAGGAAUUGCUCAUGUUGGCGUUAUCAAGGCCCUGGAAGAGGCUGGAAUCCCUGUUGACAUUGUCGGUGGAACAUCGAUCGGCGCGUUUAUCGGCGCUCUCUAUGCUCGGGAUGCAGACGUUGUUCCCAUGUAUGGCCGUGCCAAGAAGUUUGCCGGUCGUAUGGGAAGCAUGUGGCGCUUCGCGCUGGACCUGACAUAUCCCUCUGUGUCAUACACUACCGGCCACGAAUUCAAUCGCGGUAUUUUCAAGACCUUUGGCGAUAGCCAAAUUGAAGAUUUCUGGCUCGAGUUUUAUUGCAAUACGACCAACAUUAGUCGGUCUCGAGCUGAGUACCAUUCCUCUGGCUACGUCUGGCGGUAUGUCCGCGCGUCGAUGUCCCUGGCAGGUCUUAUCCCUCCUAUCUGCGACGAGGGCAGCAUGUUACUCGAUGGUGGUUACAUCGACAACCUUACAGUAGCCCACAUGAAGACACUGGGUGCAGACGUGAUCUUCGCCAUUGACGUUGGCUCUAUCGACGAUAACACUCCCCAAGGCUACGGCGAUUCUCUAUCCGGUUUCUGGUCCGUCGUCAACCGCUGGAACCCAUUCUCUUCGAUACCGAACCCACCCACCCUGUCCGAAAUCCAGGCACGACUAGCAUACGUGUCAUCCAUCGACAACCUUGAACGGGCCAAGAACAGUCCCGGAUGUCUCUACCUACGUCCUCCAAUCGAUCGCUACGGCACAUUGGAGUUUGGCAAAUUCGACGAAAUCUACCAGGUUGGUUAUGCUUACGGCAAAGAGUACUUGGAGAAACUCAAGAGCGAAGGGUCUCUGCCGCUUCCGGAAGAGACCGAGGAGAAGAAGAAACUUCAGCGUACGCUGGCGCCGCGCCGGGCCAGUAUUUAG